AUGAAGGGUUUGGCUUCGGUUUUGUUGGUUGGUGUUUGUGGAGUGGGUGGUGUUGUUGGUGGUGAGCAUCAUGCUCACCAGGAGAAGCGGCCGGUUGUUACUAUCGUCAAUACGAAGUAUGUUACUGUUGGCGCGAACGAGGUGGUGAAGACGAUGACUACGAUGGGGCCGGAUCUGGUUGGGAAGAAGCCGCUCAAGGAUUUUUUUUCGGAGCCGGUUGCGACGGGGGCCGUGUCAGUGGAGGCAGAGGAGAGCAAGGGCUCUGCGGGGCUUCAUGUGGGCGAUUUGGUGGGUGAUUUGGGGAAGCUUGGUGCGAGUAUCGCGGGGGACUUGAUGGCUUUUGUCAGGCCUUCUGAAAAGUUCGCGGACGGUGUUGUGCCUUGUGGUGAGUUUCCUGCCGGGCAGGGCGCGGUGAGUGUACCUUGGGUUGGGCUGGGGGGCUGGUCGUCUGUGAUGGACGCGGACGGGCACACAGCGAGUGAGUGUCAGGAUGGGUAUUACUGUUCCUAUGCGUGCCAGGCCGGGAUGUCCAAGACGCAGUGGCCCGCUGAGCAGCCGGGGGAUGGCAAGUCGAUGGGCGGGCUCUACUGCAAGGAUGGGUAUCUGUACCGGACUAACGCGGAGUCCGAGUAUCUCUGUGAAUGGGGGGUUGAUGCGGCGGUUGCGGUGAACAACAAGGAUUCGGGCAUUGCGAUGUGUCGGACGGAUUAUCCGGCUUCGGAGAACAUGGUUGUGCCCACGGUUUUGAGUCCGGGCGACUCGAAGCCUGUUUCUAUUGUCGAUGGCGACACGUACUACAAGUGGAGGGGGAUGAGGACGUCCACGCAGUACUACGUUAAUAAUGCGGGUGUGUCGGUGGAGGACGGGUGUGUGUGGGGCGAACCGGGCUCUGGGAUUGGGAACUGGGCGCCAGUUGUGCUUGGUGCUGGCCACGUUGGGGGCAUCACGUACUUGUCUAUCAUUCCCAACCCUAACAACCGGGACCCUCCAAACUUCAACGUGAAGAUCGUUGCGUCGAAGGGGUCAAAUGUGAUUGGGGACUGUAAGUACGAGAAUGGUGUUUAUAGCCAUGGCUCGGAUGGGUGCACAGCGUCCGUGCUUUCUGGAAGCGCCCAGUUUGUUUUCUACUAA